UUCAUUUCCUACAUGAAUUCCAAUGAAUAACGUAUUGCAUUUACGAUGUGUGCUUUCAUUAGCACAAAAUGUAAACAGAUCUGCUAGUUUUAUCUGUUUGAGGGGUUUACAAAAUCAGAGUGAACUACACAUCUACAAUGUACCACCUCCCAGUAGAAAAUAUGACUUGAUCGGUCCACCAGACAAAAAGUCUAACCUUCGCCCCAUUGUUUUCCACGUGCCACAAAAAGAGACCUCCUUCCAGCGCCGAUACAGGCUGCUGAGGAAGGACACCCAUGAUUGGAAUCAAGCUUUCUGGACUAGUCAUAAUCAGAAAUUCUUCAAGGAAAAGGAAGAGUUUGUUAAUAAGAAGCUUCAGGAGAAAUGUGAAGAAUCGGGGAGUACGGAAUCUAAGCUAUCAGCCGAGGAACUCUCAGAAUUCUACAGACACUUCUUGGACAAAAACUAUUUACUUCAUGCUACCUAUAACAGAGAAUGGUACAAAAAGAACUUAAAAUUAUUGUUCCCAGCUUUUCAAGUUUUCUUAGAAAAAAUAUAUAUUAAAAUAUUUAAAAGGUAAUGAA